AUGUCUAAUAAAGCAACAAAAAGUGACGUGGAUCCAUUGCACUCGUUUUUGGCAGGGUCCCUAGCCGGUGCUGCUGAAGCAUGUAUAACAUACCCCUUUGAGUUUGCCAAAACAAGGCUGCAAUUGAUUGAUAAGGCUUCCAAGGCGUCAAGAAAUCCUCUAGUGUUGAUAUAUAAAACUGCGAAAACUCAAGGCAUUGGUUCCAUUUACGUUGGAUGCCCUGCAUUUAUUGUCGGUAACACCGCUAAGGCGGGUAUUAGAUUUCUUGGGUUUGAUACUAUCAAAGACUUACUUAGAGACCGUGAAACUGGAGAGCUAAGCGGUACAAGAGGAGUGAUCGCUGGGCUAGGAGCGGGGCUAUUAGAAAGUGUUGCUGCAGUGACGCCUUUUGAAGCAAUCAAAACUGCCUUGAUCGACGAUAAACAAUCUGCUAAACCAAAAUACCACAAUAAUGGGCGUGGCGUGAUACGAAAUUAUUCAUCAUUAGUUCGUGAUAAAGGGUUUUCUGGCCUUUAUCGUGGUGUUUUGCCAGUUUCUAUGAGGCAGGCUGCAAACCAAGCCGUUAGGUUGGGUUGUUACAACAAGAUUAAGACCUUAAUUCAAGAUUAUACAAAUUCGCCAAAAGACAAACCGUUAUCAUCCGGUUUAACCUUUAUAGUGGGUGCAUUUAGUGGUAUAGUGACAGUCUAUUCCACUAUGCCUCUUGAUACUGUGAAAACAAGAAUGCAAAGUUUAGAUUCCACCAAGUAUUCCUCUACCGUAAAUUGUUUUGCAACCAUAUUCAAAGAAGAAGGGUUAAAGACGUUUUGGAAGGGUGCCACCCCUAGACUAGGGAGAUUAGUCCUGAGUGGUGGUAUUGUUUUUACAAUCUACGAAAAGGUUCUAGUUAUGCUAGCCUGA